AUGACAGAGCAGAAUCUAGAAAAGUUACAGACAGACUUAGUGGAGGCAGAACAGCGUCUAGCUGCGAUAAUUGACUCUUUUAUCGAACUGGGCGUGUCUGUCUACGAUUUCCCAGGAACAGAAGAUUCGAUGCAAGGCAUGGUCACCAACCUCAAGCGUAACGUUGACCGCAUGAAACAGCUCAACCAGCAGGCCAACGAUCCGGAAUCCCAGCUCCAGAACUUUUUGGUUCCUCUAGACGUGCUACAGUACAUAGAAGACGGGAGAAACCCGGAUGUCUACACAAGAGAGUUUGUCGAGGCCAUUCGUCGAUCCAACCAAUACCAGCGCGCAAAGAUCCAUGGCCUUAUAAAACUUCGUGAUUCUUUAGCAGAGAAGAUUGUUGACGAGUUGCCCGAUCUACAACCGCAUGUAGAGCGCAUAAUCGCUAGAACUUCGCCAGAGAAGAAUUAA